UAAUGCAUCUUUGUGAAAUUAUAAUUGAUAAGUGAGCUCCCAUCUAAGUAUAUUGCAAAUGCAAUUUUUUGGAUUUGUGACAAACUGUAAAAUUUCGUGAAUUAUAUUAAUGUUUGAUAAAUAAAAAAUGAGUAAUAUACCGUAAAUGUGUUAUAACUAUAAGCCUGUAUAUAUUUUCGUAAAAAUUGUGUGUGCAGUAAAAUGUCAGGAUAAUUCAUGCAUUUCUAAGAACACGGUGCUUAUAAACAAGAACAACGUUUCUCAUAUUUUAAGCAAACAUAUCAUGGAUUAUCAUAAAAAGAUAGUAUCGGCGCAAUCUCAUAAAUGUAAAAAUGAAGAUGAUGAGGAUGACUUGGAAGCUUUGAGACUUGCAGCUUUACAAACAUUACGCGUGAAAGACACUUUACAGAAAAAACGCAACUCUCCUCAUCGAAGUCAUGUUGGAGGUUUUCAAGGGUCACAAUCCUUACGUUAUUAUAAACAAUCAAGAGGGGAUCAUUUUCAUCAUAGACAACAGAGGCAAAAUGGAGUCAGACAUAAUUACUUCCCUAAAAAUAUUUACCGGAACCCGAACUUAAUAGAAAUUGUUCCACAAGGGGAAGUGAAUCCGACAUCUGUUUCAAAGGAAAAUAUUGACAAAAAAGUUAAUCAAACUCCUUCAGAUGGAUCAAAAUUUCAACGAUAUGACGAUAAUGCGAGUGGUUCAGAGGAUGACGAAGUGAAGGAUGUUGAUGUUAAGGUAGAAGUGAAAACAGAAGAAACAGAAUCCGCGGAAGCUGAUGAAAGUGCAGCUGACAGGGAAAGUGAAAGUGGCAUUAAAGAAAAUUCAUCAGAAAAAGCUGCUGAAGAAGCUGAUGAAGAUCGUCUUCUCAACGACGAUGAUGAUGAUGUUCUUCUUAUGGCCGAUUUAGAAGAAGAAGACAGUUUAGAGCGCCUUAUGGAUGAAAUGGAAAGAGAAAUAAAAGACGACAAAAUAGACAUAACAGAAAAGAAAGUGAUAAAGAAAGAAAAAAUUGCACUGAAAAAAGUACGCGAUCCGAGUAAAUUAAAAGGUGAAGUAACAAAUGUUAAGGAAGAUAGUUUAAAGGAUAAAGUAGAAAUUUCUGUUCCUCCUAAACCAGUUACAAUAGUUGCUAAAGCUGAACCAAGACCACUUUCUCCUCGAACAAAUAUUAGAAAGCGAUCUCCCUCACCUAAAUCUCGGCCAUGGAGAAAAGUUUCGCCACGAAGAUCACCAAGAAGAUCACCAUUAAGAUUAUUAAAGAAGCCAUUGAGAGAAAUUUCGAGGUAUCGAUCACCGCGAAAAUCUCCCACAAGAUAUUCACCUCGAUCUCCAAAAAUUUCACCACGUCAAAAAUCACCUCGACUGUCACCUCAAAGAUCACCUGAUAGAAGAUCGCCUUUAAUGUCUAGAGCACUGUCUCCCAGAAAUAGAUCGCCAAGACCAACACGAUCGCUUUCUCGUUCACCAAGAAUGUGGUCUAGAUCUCCAAGGUCUCGAUCAAGAACGCCAAGACGUUCUCCCAGAAGAUUACGAUCACCAAGGUAUUCACCUCAUAGAUAUUCGCCGAGACCCAAAAUAAGAGCAUCACGUUCUCGAAGUCCAAGAUCGCCACGAAGAAGAAUUUCACGUUCAAGAAGUCCUCCUCGAUCACCAAGGAGAGCAUCUUCACGACUUCGAUCACCGAGAAUGUCACCAAGAAGACUUUCUCCACCAAGAUAUCGUUCACCAAGAGGUUCUCCACGAAGAUCACCUUGGUCAUCGCCCAGAAGAUCGCCUCGUAUGUCACCUAAAAGACUUAAAUCACCGCGAUGGUCACCAAAAGAGUGUACAAGAAAACCUCGAAUAACAAAAUCUGUUACACCGGAGAAACGUAGUAAUUCACCUCAAAAGAAAAAUCAACUUAUUGACGAAAAGAAAUCGUCAUCUGAAAUGGAAAAAUCAAAAUCAAAAAAAGAAAAUCUUCCUCAAAAAUCUCAAGUCAUUGAAACAGUAAAGGAAGAACCAAUUCUAGAUCCUGUUCUAGAAGCAAGAAAACGUAAAUUUGAAUCUGUUACGCCAAUUGACCCAAUCAAUGCCAAUAAAACAAUCAAAUUAAGUAACAAAAAGGAAGAAACAAAGAAAACAAUUAUAAAACCGCCAGAAGUCAAAGAAGUGGAAGUUAAAAAAAUUGUUGUUAAACGAACAGAACAACCUACUGAGGUUAUGGAAGAAUCUGUUGAGAGGCGAAGAAGAAAAGUAAUUACAGUAGAAUCCAAAGAUGAAGAAGUAGAUUUGUUACCUGAUGAAAUAUAUGAUUCUGAAAGUGUAGAAGAAGAAAUAAAUGAAGAGGCCAUAGAGAAAAUUCCAGAAGCAGAGGAAAUUUCUUUGGAAGUACAUCCAUUAAAUCAAGAAAAGAAAAAGAAGAAGGAUAAGGAAAUUUAUCAAGUUGGUAAAUUAAAAGAUCUGGCAAUGUCAGAUCGUAUUGCAAAGGAGAAGAAAUUUAAAAAACGAAAAAUGGAAACUACAGUGGGAGGAACAAGUGAAAUCGAAACAGAAUUAGAAGAUGUUACUUCUAUUGAUGAAGAGGGUGAUUUACGUACAGAACUUAGUAGGAGGCGAGCAGAACGGUUAAAUAGAGCUGUUCCGAUUCAAUCGGCAAGACUCUUGCAAUCAGCCUUCAAAGGAGUUGUUAACGAAGUUGCUAAAAAUAAUGCAAAAGUAAAUCAGAGGUUUGCUUUAAAAGGAACUGAAAAAGCAGCUCAAAAAGAAGUGAGGCGAGUAACUGUGUUGCAUCGAACGAUCAGUGAUUUCCAAGACUCUGAAGAAGAAGCACCUCUCGAGGCUAAAGUUCCUGUACGCUUGAGAUUAGGCGUUAACAAAGUUUUACAAGAAACUAGAGAGACAAAGAUCUCUAGAAAGGCAUCUAAGAAACAAGGUCGCAAGGUAAAACAUAAAAAUAGUUUGCCCUUAGAUUCGAAGAAUUCAUUGUAGCACAAAUUGUACUUUUAAUAAGCGUAAUAAUCAUUAUACAUAAUUGUGAAUGCAGACGUGAUAUGUUACCUAAAUUAAUGAAGUUGUUUUCUAAUAAUAGCGAUUUACAAUUAGUAUUUUAAGCGCUUUAUGAAUUCCGAGAUUUUUUUUUGAAUAAUGAAUGUAAUUGCGCUUUUUAUUAAUUUGUUGAACUUUGAACAACAAACGCUUUUUAAAAACAAUUUUAUUUAUAUAAUUUUCAUUCAUUAUUUUACAUUAUAUUUAUUCAUAUAAUUUUUCUUAGUUUUUCAAAUCUUCAUUUUCUUAUAGCCAAAACUUUUUAUCAAUCAGGGCAACAGUCAGUUCCAAGAACUGGAAAGGAUAUUUGAGGUUUAAAUCGUAAAUAUUUGUACUAAAAAGUGCAGGUUUUUUCUGUAACUUAAAUAUUUACUCUCAUUGAAGAAUUAUCACUGUAUAUAUAUAUAUAAAAAUAAUUUCUCCAUAAUUAUUUACUUUUGAUUUAUAAUUGUUUCUUUUAUGAUGAAUAUUUACAAUUAAUGCAUUAUUGUAUAAAUGAAAUGAUCUUUUUUGUAAAAAAAAAAAGAAACGUAUUAGAAAUACUUGAAAUUUGAAAGUCGUAAAAUGUUAUUUUCACUUAAGCUACCCAGUGUAUGAUAAGACUUAUAAAAUUUUUAAUUUAAAAAACGGAAAAUUAUUUUUUUACUGCAUAGAAUUUCAACUUCUUGUUUUGAAAAAUGUUCUUCGUUUUUUUUUAUCCGAAAGUAAUAAUAAUUUUCGAACAUCCUUAUUGGGAUGUAUAAAAACUCUUACAAUUACUAUGAAGGCAAAUCGAUAUUAUUUACAGCCCUUUUCACCCUUUGAUCCAGAAAUAUUUUUAGAAUCGUGAUUUCAGGAAGCGCGUUCUACAAUUACCUCCCAAAUAACAAAAUAUUAUUUUAUUCUAAGAUUUGUAGUGAUCUAAAUUUUUUAUCAGAGUUAAUUCUUCUGCGUAAUGAUUUUCUUACAAGAAAUCGUUUCACUUGUUUAUAUUCUACUUAACUUUUAUAAUCUUUUUCAGGGAUACUGAUUUUUAAUUUUUCAUUAAACUUUAGAAUGUUAAAGUAGCGUAGCCAGCAUGACAAAUGUGUACCAAAAUUUUAAUAAAAACUUCUUCUUUUUUAUGAAUAACUUCAUAAAAAUAUUUCAUAGGGUAGUGUCUAGCGGCUAGAAUGUUAGGAAAGUCAGGAAAAGUUAAAAGUAAAAAAUAUUUUACUACAGAAAUUUAAUCCUAUUGCAAAAUAAAAAUUCUUUUUCUUUUCUUCAAAAUUAAUUCAUAGAAAAAAUUUGAACAUGUGUAAUUAUCAACUUUUUAAUAUCAUCGGUAUUCACAAGCGGGAAAAUUAAAAUAAAAAUUUAAUUAAAUGACUCGUUGGGCAUUCGAAUAUAGUCUUCGAAUCAAUUAUUCAAAGUUAGUGUGAGAAAACAAUAAGGCUAAUUUGUUGAAAAUCAGGGUUGAAAACAAAAAAACUGAAUUCUGAUUCGGUUCUGGUUUAAAAACCUUAAAAAGAUAAAAAAAAAUCAGUUUUGAUUUAUUUCCAUUUGUUAACUUUUGAAUACUUCAUUUUAAGAUUUUGUUAAAAAGGAAUUCAAUUUCAUUGAAUGAUAUCUAAUCAAACUAAUUGUUCAGGUCUGAAUAUAUAAGAAUUAAAAUUUUUUGUUAUAUAAUAUAUUACUUCUUAAUAUAUACUUCUUUUUUUUGCAUUAAUGACCUCUUGCGGAGAAAACAACCAUUACAUUUAUGUGAAUAUGCACAUAUGUAGUUAAAGCUUUAAUACUAGAAAAAUUUUAGUUUAAUUUUACUUCGGUACUCAUGAGCUUUAAUAUGUUAUGAAAUGAAAUUGUCAUUCAUUGAAAUUGUAUUUUUUUAAACAAUCUUACCAGUGACACGAAUUUAAAACUUAAAAUAGUAAACUUUAUGAUUAUGAAUUAAAUUGAAUUUCGCUUUUGAAGUAAACAAUUUUUAACGAAAUUGGUUUUAAAUUAAUUGAAUUAAAUUGAAUUAAUCCUACAAUUACUAUUACAAAAGAAGAAGAGGGCGUUUUGGGGGUUAAUAAAUAAAAAUUUUUACAUACUUUUUUCAAUUAUAUAUAUUGAAUAUUUUUUACUCUAAAAUAUUAUAAAAUUAAAUGAUUUUAUAAAAUUUAUAAAAUAAAAUUAUUUUUUUAAAUGUUUAAUUCACUAUUUCAGGUUUUUCUUUUUUACAAAUAGUAGCAAAAAAAAUUCAAAAUGCGACAUCAAAAACUUCUCUAUACAUAAUUUGAAUGCGAUCUGUAGAUAUAAAUUUUAUCAUUAUUACAAUUUUAAAUUUAUUAAUUAGGGACUUUACAGACCCAUUUUAAAAAUCAUAGAAUAUUAUUUUAGCAAAUUUUCGAAAUUAAAAAUUACUAGUUUCAAUUUUCUUUUUAAAUCUUAAAAUUUAUUAAUUUUUAAAAAUUCCAAUGUUAAAUUGUGGUUUAGCGUUCUCAAAAACCAAACUAUAAAAAGUUUUAAAGUAAACUAACAAAUAAUUAUAAUAAUUUAAAAAUUGACAGUAUAUCUAGAGCGAGCACUAUCAAAAACACUUGGUCUUUGGAUCAUGGUAACUUAUUGUUAGUUAAAAAAUUAAAAUAGAAAGGUAAAGAAAAAUCAUUUAGAAUUUUUUAAAAUGAUGAAUCUAAUAAUGUUUAGAUAAUUUUCUCCCUCUUUAAAGACGUUAUAAUAUCACCUGAUAAGUUUGAAAAAAAAAUUCAGUUAUUUUAUGCUCUUUGUGCAAUUUAUAUUACUAUAGUAAUAUGAUCACAAUUAUUUAUUCUUUGGAAAUUUUAUUAAUUCCUCUGACUACAUCUGUCAAUAUAGAAUUUACAAUUAUAAUUUUAAACUCAUAUUUACAUAUUUUAAACAACAUUAAAUAGCCGAUACCAAAAAGUUAAUAUUUAAAAUUUUUUAAAUUCAAAAAUUAAAAUUUUUAAUUUUUUAACCUGUUUUUGAGAUAUUGCUAAAAAUGACCGUGUAUUUUUUUUGUUCAAGACCAUUCGAAAUUUUAUGAACGUACAAACUAAAGUUUUAUGAGGAACGUCUUUUAAAACUAAUCUAAUAUUUUUUACUUGAUUGAUUUUCAUAUAUUUGUUAUAUUAUAAGAUUUAUUUUAUCUAGUAUUAAGGUAUUACGAAUUUUUUACUUAACAUUAAUUCUAAAAACUUGUUUAUUGACCUUAUGGCAAGUAAGAAAAGAUCUGUAAAUCAGUCCUAUCAAUUAAUUUACAAAGAAAUAUCGUUUCGGAAUGUGUAAUUCAAAGUUUUAAAUAUUUUAGAUUUUCAUUUUAUUUAAAAAGAUAACGUAAAUUUUUAAAUAUAAAUUGCCGAGCUGAUUUAUAUCCAUAAUUGGAUAUCAAAUUCUUCAACAAAAUAUAAUUAUAUGUUAUUAAAAUGUUUUUACAUAAUUGUUAUUCCAAGUUUAAUUAAUCCUACGGAACUUAAGAAGAAUAUCUUUUAAUUUAUUUUCUUUAAGAUAAUUUUUUUCAGCAAAUCUUUCACAUAAGUUUCCCAAAAUACGCGAUUUUCAUAUUGAAAAUAUUUAUGUAAUUAAAGACUUGAAAUAUUAAAACUCAAUACCCUAUUUUGUAAGUAAUUUCGUUAAAAUAUAAUCUGUUUACUGUAAAAGAAAUAAUUUAAAAAUUAUUUAAUAUUUAUUCAUUAUUAUAUCUAAAAUCAUUUGCAAAUAUAAAAAUAUUAAAAUGAAAUUAAUUUUUACCUCUAACAAGAAGCACUUUAACUAAAAAUAGAUAGUGAAUAUAAUUUCCUUCUAUCCGGAAUAAUUUCCCUUUGCUCCCCAGUAAGUUGAUUUUUUGCUUUUAAUAUGGAUUAAUUAUAGAUUAUAUUAAUAUAGUUAGCUUUCAUUAUUAGUUUAAAAUCUGCUGCCUCGACUGCAAGCUCUCGAGCACAGAGGCUGCGCUACUUAAAACUGCCAUAAAGUAUUGUUGAUUUUGCACCAAUACUAUUAUGUCAAAUAAUGUCUCUAAUGAUAUUUUACAAAAUUGUAUGAUUGGAACACUUAUGAAUAUCUAGUACAGGUAUACGAUAGAAAAAAUAACUACUAAUUAAAAAAAACUCUCAACCAUAUUUUAACGUUUGAAUUCCCUCAUUGUAGAACAUAUUACUGAAUGACUUUAGUAAAAUAUUGUAUAAUGGGUUUUGUAAUUAGGAAACAAAAAUUUAUAUUAAAAUUAAUUAUUCAAUCAUCAUUAAUUAAAACCGAUGAAUUCUGUUACGCUUUUUGUGUGUAUGUGUGUGUACAAAGUAUGGAAAUGUACACCUAUGAAAAUGUAUAUAUGUGUAUAAAAAUAUAUAAAGAACUUACAGUUGUUACUUUAAAAAUAUGUGGUAUCGAUUUCAAUCCUAAAGCGAUCUUUCAUAAAUUGAGGAUUUGGAUCGAAAAAGCGAUUCUUUAUGCUUUCUCCCAAGUCCACUGCCUAAGAUGGAUCCCAGUUGCGCAGUGAACCUGCACGUAAGACGAGUGUCGGUUCUUCGAUCCGAUUCCUUAAUUACUGUAGGUUUAAUUGCGACACAUCUAAUAUAAAUACAAUUGUAAAUAGUGAGUGAUAUUAAUGUAUUACAAAUACAAAUCAAAUUUAUAUUUUGUAUAUUGUGAUCGUAAAAGGCGAAGAUAAGUAGAAAUUAUCAACGAAUAGACUGAAUUACUUGUUUAUAAGUGUUUAUGUUUCGCACUGAAUUGUUUGUAAAGUAAGAAUGAAUUAACAACCGAUAUUUAAUGUCAUAAUGUAAAGUUAGUUCAAUUUAUGUAUUGAUUCCUAAAUUAAUUGUAAAAGAAUUGAUUUAACUGUUCUUAAUUUACUUUAUUCAUGUAAAAUUUGUUACAAUUUAGAACUAAAUUUUCUAAUUGUUUUAAUUAAUUUAGGAAUUUUUUGUUUAUUAAUUUAACAUGUUUUUGUGAGUAAGCUUUUAAUUUUAAUGAAUUCUUAUUGGAAAAAUCAUAAUUGUAAAAUGAAACAUUUAAUGACUACUAUCGGAAAAAAUAUUCCAUAUUUAUAUUUUUCUGAUUAGUGUGAUCAUUUAAAAAGUACGUGUUGAAUACGUAAUACUUUCUAUAUUUUUAAGAACCUUUUUUUUAAAUUAAUAACUUCAUAGUGUUUUUUUAUAAAAAAAAGAGUGGAUUUUCAUGCUAAUUAUUUAAAUUUCAUACUUUGUUAUUAUAUUAUAUUUUAAUAUAGUGAUUAUUAUGCCGUAUUUUCUUGUGAAUCAAAGGUUUCAAUACGAAGAAAGAAAUGAUCCUUUAUAACAAGAAAAUACAUUGAAAAAUUUUUCAUGAAACUACUUCUGAAGUAGGAAACUGAACCUAAAGUUUUUCAAUGUAGGAAUGAUAAAAAAAUUAAAAUAUCAACCUUUACAAGUGUACACGCUUACGAUUUUGAUGCUCCCUCGUGUUUACAGUAUUGUGUAAAAUCAUAUUUUAUACCACUUUGUAAAGUAAACAAUUUGUGACGAAAGAAAUUUUAGGAAGAUAGGACAAUAAUAAGUGAUAUUCAAUAACUUAUUUUUCCUUUAUUGUAUGAUUUAUUAUUUCUUUAUUAUUAUUUUUUACAAAUACAAUUUUUUGAAAUUAUUAAAUAACUUUUUGUAUUUAUAAAAAAAUAUUAUUUUCUUAUUUUUUAAAUGCUAAGUUUUAUUUCUAAAAAAAGUCCGCAUGCCAUUUCUAACCUUAAAACAUUAUUUGAUGAUUUUAUAAAGACGUAAUAAAGGAGAAAAAAUUAUUGAUAAAUCACUCGCUUUUCAACCUUUAAAAGCGAUGAGAUAAAAUCUAAAUAUUAUAAAAAUUUAUUUCAAAUAAGAUUUCAUGAAAUUGGUUAUUAAAUCAUUUGUACUUUACGACUUCUUCAGUGCAUACAUUGUAUUAGUAAUUUGUUGUGUCUGUUAUUAAUGAGGAACUCUUUGGAAGGAACAAAAAAAAGUAAAAUAGAACAACAAUAAAUACUAUCAUACAUCGAUCUUAUUGAAAACGGGUGUAUGAGAUUUUUUGAAAUUUAAUACUUUCUUUAGAAUAUUUUUAAACAAUUAAAUCUUUUAUUUCAGAAAAAACAAUAAAAUAUUUUUGAUAUA